AAAUAGAGGUGGGUGCCGCGGCUUCCCACUUAUCCAAUCAGCAUCCCUAAGAAAGCGGAGCUUGUAAGAUAGCUAGAAAUGGCUGCUGCAGAUUCACCCUUUAAGAUAAUAUUGGGUUCUUCAUCAAUGGCUCGGCAACGAAUUCUAGCUGAAAUGGGUUAUGAGUUUACAAUCAUGACUGCAGAUAUAGAUGAAAAAAGCAUUAGAAAGGAAAAACCAGAAGAUUUAGUGACGGCACUUGCUGGGGCCAAGGCAAAUGCUAUCAUGUCAAGGCUUCAGCACACUGAUAUACUACAGGAAGAUGCUCACACAACAUUGUUAAUUACGGCAGAUACGGUGGUAGUCUAUAAAGGGACAAUAAGAGAAAAACCGUGCAGCGAAGAAGAAGCACGGGAAUUUAUAAAAGGAUAUUCCGGUGGCCAUGCAGCAGUGGUUGGAUCUGUUCUUGUGACUAACCUUAAAACAGGUGCAAGCAAAGGAGGAGCGGAAAGUGCAGAGGUUUACUUCCACGACAUACCAAAUGAAGUGAUUGAUAGCCUGAUUGAUGAAGGAAUCCCAUUCAAGGUUGCUGGAGGUCUAAUGCUCGAACAUCCUCUUACUUUACCAUUUGUCGACACCGUGAUAGGGGCGACUGAUACUGUUAUGGGACUGUCUAAAUCUCUCACUGAAAAACUUAUUCAGGAGGCUCUAUUUCAACAAGGUUCAUCGCCUGGCGAUCAGAAUAUGGGCUGAUAGUAGAGGAUAAAGCUCGAGAACUAGUGACUUCUGUUUUUUUU